AUGCGUAAAUCUUUCCAGCUAGGGACCAACUCGACGGUCCAACGAAAGCAAUCCUUCACAACUGUUCUUAAGGAGAUGGCGAAAGACGACAAAGAGAGAUCGUUAACCGAAUGGGCAAGACCGUCAAUCAUAAUUGGUGAAGUAGAGGAUCAGAAAAAAAAGCCACAAAUCAAUGAGAGCGCCCGCGAUUCCAAGGAAUCUGAAAUUCUUCUAUUUGGGGUCACAGAGAACGGACAUUCCAUCCUAGUUCGGGUCACCGGAUUUGAACAUUAUCUGUAUAUCCCGGCGCCUAAAGGAAUAUCAAGCGCGGAUCUAAAUCCACUUCGAGAUUACCUCAAUGCACUUAUUGCACCCCCUGGAACAGAGUCGCUAUCCUCUACCAAUCAGUUGGUCUCAAGAAUUGACAUGAAACAGGCCAGCACCUCCAUGGGAGUUGUUCCUAUUCUCAUCAACCACUUAUUGCGGAAGGAGCUCAAGUCCCAUACUUCCUACGGUUCAUGGUUGACAAAGGCGUAA